AUGAUUCAUUACGCGAAGGGAUACUGGGGUCUGCCGCUCUUCCUGCGGCUCCACGGCAGCCCUUUCCCGCGCACCCUGCCCUUCGCCGUCGUGAGCGUCACAAUCACCAUCUGGCUGCACCUGUGGGACAGCGGGCGGGAGGAAAUUGUUCGCUCCUUCGCGCACCCGUACCCUUUCCAGAUGUACGGCUUCGUCAUCGGCUUCCUCGUGGUGCUGAGGACGAACCACUCGUUGGCGCGCUUCAUGGAGGCGCGCACCGGCGUGGAGACGAUGGGUUCCAAGUGGGCGGACAGCGUCGCGAUGCUCACCGCGUUCGACGGGUGCACCGUCGGAUCUCGCUCGCAGGAGAUUGGCAAGCCGGCGAUGAAGCAGGACCACGAGCACCACGACGACCACGCGAGGUUCAUCGCGAGGCUGACGCACCUGGUAUCCCUGCUGCACGCGAUGGCGUUGCAGCACCUGCGCGGGGACGAGGAGCUGGGGAACAUCGUCCCGGCGAGGACCCGAAGGCAGACGAACACGACGGCGGGCCCGGAGCUCAAGCGAGUCUGGAACCGCAAAGAACCAAAGGAGAGCGCGGUGGAGAUUGCGGACGGGCCGGAGGACGAGGGCAUCUCGGGCUACCUCGGGACGAGAGCGAUCAAAACGGACGGGAAGGAGGAGACGAGGCUGCUCGCGGCGAGGUACAACCACAUGGGCGCGCAUCUCAUACACGCGGUGACGGAUGACGGGAAGCAGGCGCGAAAAAACCUGGUGAACCCGUUUCUGCUUCGCGAGGAUCAAGAUCUGUGGGUGCGGUGCUGCGCGGCGACGCCCCUCGCGGUCAUAGGCGGACUAGACCCGCACGAGUUCAAGGAGCUGGACGAGCUCGACUGCGACAGGGCCUACCUGGUGCUCGCGUGGAUCCAGGCGCUGAUCAUUCGAAGGUAUGAGGACUUGGACGGCAUUCGCGUCGGGCCGCCGAUUCUAUCUCGCGUGCACCAGACCCUCACCAACGGCAUGCUCGGGUUUAACAUGGCGGAUAAGAUCGCGAAGACGCCUUUCCCGAUGCCCUACGCACAGAUGUUGAGCGUGUGUCUGGUGGUCUUCAACCUGACGAUGCCCAUCAUGGUCGCCGGUCACAUCAACAACCUGUGGCUCGCGAUUCUCGUAAACUUCAUAAGCACGGUGGCGUACCAGGGCCUGAACGAAGUUGCCAGGGAGCUCGAGGAUCCCUUCAAGCCGACGCACAUAAACGACCACGGGAUGCCCCAGCUGCAGGCGAUGUUCAACAGCAAGGUUCGCGCUGCAAGCCCAUCGGUGAAAAAAAUUCUCACGCACUGGGCACAGUGCGAUAGUUGGGAGGUCGCGAAAGAGUAA